AUGGACCCACGAUUCGAGGCGCGCGUCCACGAAGUUCGUUCGGGUUCGGAGGACCCGCAAUAUCUUAAGAACCCGAAGCGCGUAACUGACGAGGAAUUCGAGGACUACAGUGAUGUUGAGGAUUCCGAUGAGGAAAACGAGACCGCAGAAGACGAGGAUGCGGCGCCGACACUGGACGACUCGACCGACGCUAUUCUCCUGCACGGCAUUCUCGAGGUCACUGUUCACGAGGCGCGAAACAUCCCGACUAUGGAUAAGAUCGCGUUCCACGUGGACAGCGGGUUGUCUUUUGAGUCGACUCAAAAGUCAACUCUCCGUGCUUGCAUCCCCCACCGUGGCAGAGUGGUGCACAACAAGCGGCACCCCGUGUGGGAGGAGACUUUCCGCAUCCCCGUCGCGCACCACUGCUCCUCGCUCUCCUUCACGCUCAAGGACGACGACGCGGACGACGACGCAGUGGGUGCGAAGCUCAUCGGCAAGGCGAUCGUGCCGGCCGCCGCGCUCUGCGGCGACACUCCCGUCUCCGCGUGGUUCGACGUUGCCACGUCGGGGCGCGCGCCGUCCGCGCACCCCGCGCAGCUGCGCCUGUCGCUCCGCCUCGCGCCGGUAGCAAAGGACCCCGCGUACGGGGCGGGCUGGGGGCACGACUCGCGCGUGGAGGACUCGUACUUCCCGCUGCGCCGCGGUUGCCGCGUGACGCUGUACCAUGACAGCCACGUGUCCUCGUCGUUCGCGGUGCGAGCGGCGCUGGAAGGGGGGAGGACGUACGAGGAGGGGUAUUGCUGGGAGGACAUCUGCAGGACGAUCCUAGAUGCGCGCGAGGUGAUCUACAUAGGCGGCUGGUCCGUGAGCACCAAGAUCGCGCUCAUGCGCGACGCGGCACUCCCCAUCCCCCCCCCACGCCAUUUGCCCUGUUCUACUUGUCCUUUUCCCCCUUCUUCCAGGACGAUCCUAGAUGUGCGCGAGGUGAUCUACAUAGGCGGCUGGUCCGUGAGCACCAAGAUCGCGCUCAUGCGCGACGCGGCACUCCCCAUCCCCCCCCCACGCCAUUUGCCCUGUUCUACUUGUCCUUUUCCCCCUUCUUCCAGGACGAUCCUAGAUGCGCGCGAGGUGAUCUACAUAGGCGGCUGGUCCGUGAGCACCAAGAUCGCGCUCAUGCGCGACGCGGCACUCCCCAUCCCCCCCCCACGCCAUUUGCCCUGUUCUACUUGUCCUUUUCCCCCUUCUUCCAGGACGAUCCUAGAUGCGCGAGAGGUGAUCUACAUAGGCGGCUGGUCCGUGAGCACCAAGAUCGUGCUCAUGCGCGACGCAACGCGCCCAAUGCCGGAGCACGGGGACAUGCCGCUGGGGCAGCUGCUGAUCAAGAAGGCCAAGCAGGGCGUGCGCGUGCUCAUGCUCAUCUGGGACGACCGCACGUCGCUCAGCACCGCCGCCUUCCGAACGGCGGGCAUGAUGGGAACGUUGGACGAGGAGACCUACUCUUACUUCCGCCACACCAAGGUGGUGUGCUUCAAGAUGCCCCGCAUCCCCGACAAGCGCCUCUCCUGGGCCAGGAAACAGCUCGUAGAGAGCAUGUACACGCACCACCAGAAGUUCCUCAUUGCAGACGCAGCACCAGCAGCAGCAGCAGCAGCACCAGCACAACCGGCAGCAGCAGCAGGAGGAGCAGCAAGGGUGGUGCGGCGGCCGCUGGUGGGGUUCAUGGGCGGGAUAGACCUGUCGGUGGGGCGGUACGACACACAGGAGCACCCGCUGUUCCGCACGCUGCAUGCGGAGCACCAGGGGGACUUCUACCAACACAACGUCAAGACUAAACCUGACGUGGGACCGAGGCAGCCAUGGCACGACAUACAAUGUAAAGUGGAGGGCUCCAUCGUGUGGGACCUGCUCACCAACUUUGAGCAGCGCUGGCUGCGCGCCACCAAGGGCGCUCGCGCCUCCCCCAGAAAGCGCCUGCACCGCGGGGAUAUUCGGGCACUGCAUGCCAGUGCGGCUGUGCUGCAUAAGCGGGGGUACAGGAUGGGGAGGCGGAGCGUGGUUGGCGGGGAGGUGGGGAGGGGGUAUCGGAGCAGGCUUGUGAGUGGGAAGAGGAGGGAGACGGGGGGAGAGGGAGGGGAGAUGGGGAGAGAGGAGGGGAGGGGGAGUGAGAGCGGCGCGUCUGGCGCUGCUGAUGCUGCUACUGCCAGGGCCGCUGCAGCAAGGGCAGUGGAUGAUGAUGAUGACAUGAGCGUCAUGGCGACAGAGACAGAUGAUCCCGAGACGUGGCACACACAGUUGUUUCGAUCCAUAGACUCUGGUUCAGUGGUGGGCUUUCCAAAGAACCCUCUCCACGCCAUGGCACAGUCCCUGGUGGGAGACAAGGGAGUGACAGUCGAUCGCAGCAUUCAAGACGCAUACAUCGCCGCGAUCCGCCGAGCGCACCACUUCAUACACAUCGAGAACCAGUACUUCCUCGGGUCCGCCUACGCGUGGCCGUCGCACCAGGGCAGCGGCGCGUGGAACAGCGUGCCCAUGGAGAUCGCGCUGAAAAUCGCGAGGAAGAUCAAGAGCGGGGAGCGGUUCAGCGCGUAUGUGGUCGUGCCCAUGUGGCCCGAGGGGGAUCCCAAGGGGGCCGCCACGCAGGAGAUCCUCUUCUGGCAGUCGCGCACCAUGGAGGCCAUGUACCGUGUGAUUGCGCGCGCUCUAGACGAGGUGCAGGUAACGGCGAGGGGGGAGGAAGGGCUGGGGCAGGAGCAGGGGUGGGAGGCGGAGAGGGGGCAGGAGGCAAAAGUGAUUAGUGAGGCCGGGGAGAGCGAGGGACAGGGGAAGGCGAAGGCUGGGGUGUUUGCUGGUGGGCAGGGAGUGGAGGGAGGGGAGGGUGGGGCGGGUGGGGAGGUGGGGCAGAAGGGAGGGGGGAAGUUUAGGGAGACUGUAACAGGGCUGCUGCCACCUGGCGAUGCCAGCACCUCUGCCCCCGCCCCUGCUCCUGCUGCUGCUAGUGAUACCGCUGGUAACCGCACUGAGGGUGGUAACCGCAACAGCAACGGUAGCCAGCCGACGUCUCCCCGUACGUCUGAGCAGCACCACAUGCCAGCUCUUGCCGGCGAUUCUGUUCUUAACUCGGUGUUGCAGCACAGGCGGGCCAUGAUCUACGUGCAUGCCAAGAUGAUGGUGGUGGAUGAUGAGUAUGUGGUUGUGGGGUCAGCCAAUAUCAACCAGCGGUCCAUGGACGGCGCGAGAGACACAGAGAUGGCUGUUGGGGCGUACCAGCCACACCACACGUGGCGCGAGCGCGGGCACGCACCUAAAGGGCAGGUGAGAGUGGGUAUGCAUCAGAGGUUAGGCACCCUGAUCGGCGCGCGCUGGCUGCAAACAGGUUCAGCGCCGUCACAUGCGGCGGGGUCGGCGCCUGGAAGCGGCGGCGCGACUCCUCCGAGCGAGGAGGGCGGCGAGACGCACGACGACUUCAAGCCGCAGGUCAAGGCGGCCGAGGGGGUGCUGCCGGUGUACGCGCAGAUUAAGGAGGACAUCAGUUCAUCCCCGGUUGUGGUGUUCAUGAAGGGCCUGCCAUCCGCGCCCAUGUGCGGCUUCAGUGCUGCGGUCGUGCGAGUGCUUGCUGCUCAUGGUGUGGACUUCAAGGGAGUGAACGUUCUGGAGGAUCCAGACCUCAGAGAAGGAAUUAAAUCUUUCAGUGAGUGGCCCACUAUCCCGCAGGUCUACGUAAACGGGGAGUUCAUUGGUGGCUGCGAUAUUGUCAUGAAGAUGCACCAGUCUGGCGAGCUUGCUGAUUUGCUGAAAUCGUUGAAGGCAGCGCCUGCUGAAUCUUGA